UUUUGAUAAGAUUCUUAAAAUGGUACAAAGAAAAAUUAAGUAAUAACUAGAUUAGAUUAACUGCGGUCGUCAAUGUUAGCAAACGCAUAAAAUGUUUUGUAGGCGCUCUCUCAAAUUAUGUUGCAAAUUAAUUUCGGGCAAAAGGACUUUCCACAAAAGUGUUCAAUUGUGUGAAGACUUCGAAAAUCCAAUUUGGAGGACUUUUAGGGUAUUAAGAGAUGACAUAAAGCUGAAGAAUCGUAAAUACGUAAAUAAUCGACCAACUGCUUUAACAAGAGGCUUUCCAAAACAUGCCGAUAUAGUGAUCAUCGGUGGAGGAGCCAUUGGCAGCUCCAUAGCUUAUUGGUUGAAGGAAAAGUCAGGUUACGAAGGAGUGAGGGUGGUUGUAAUAGAGAAAGACACUACGUAUGCGAAAUGUUCCACGACCCUGUCUGUGGGAGGCCUGCGGCAACAGUUUUCACUCCCAGAAAACGUCCAGAUGUCUUUGUAUGGAGCCGAGUUUCUCAGGACGUUGAAAAAACGUUUCGGGCCUAAUGCCGAAGUACAUUUCACCCCUCAUGGGUAUUUAGUAUUAGCGAGCGAAGAAGGUGCUGCACAACUAAUAGAUAAUUCCAAAAUGCAAAAUAACAUCGGGGCUGUAAAUAUGAUUCUUGGCAAAGAAGGACUCAAGAAAAGAUUUCCUUGGUUAGACGUUUCCGACUUAGAAGUAGGCUGCCUGGGGUUGGAGAAAGAGGGAUGGUUCGAUCCCUGGUCUCUACUCAACAUACUGAAGGCGGGCGCAAAGGAAUUAGGCGCUCAAUACAUUAAAGGCGAGGUGGUAGAUUUUAUGUUCAGUGAGAAUAAAGAAAUACUCGUGGAAGGCAUUGAGGGAAACUACGAAGGAAUAAAUCAACUGGCAGUAAGGAUGCCAAAUGGCGAGCAAAGAACUAUAGAAUUUGCGGCGUGCGUAAUAGCAGCUGGAUGUGAUUCGGGAGAAAUAGCACAACUGGCUAAGGUAGGAGUGGGAAGCGGAAUGCUGUCCAUACCUUUGCCCGUGGAAAAGAGGAAGAGAUAUGUCUAUAGCUUCAACUGCCAGGGCGAACCUCCUGGAAUAAACACACCGAUGACCAUAGACUACACCGGGAUGUACUUUAGGAGAGAAGGUUUAGGUGGAACGUUUAUUUGCGGACUGUCUCCACCGCCAGAGGAAGAACCUUCUUGUGAAAAUUUGGAAGUUGAUUACAAUUUUUUCGACGAGAGAAUUUGGCCCAUUCUGUCCAAAAGGGUUCCGGCAUUUGAAGCCGUUAAAGUUGCCGGUGCUUGGAGUGGUUACUAUGACUACAAUACGUUUGACGAAAAUGGCAUUAUUGGACCUCAUCCGUACUACCAUAACAUGUAUAUAGCGACGGGAUUUAGCGGGCAUGGUAUACAACAAGCGCCAGCUGUCGGUCGAGCAAUAUCAGAAUUAAUGUUAGACGGCAAUUUUCAGACAAUAGAUUUAACGAGGUUUGGCUUCGAUCGGUUAAUUGUAGAUAAGCCGAUGUAUGAAAUCAGAAUAUACUAAGAUUGUUGUAGAGUGUUGUAAUUUUAAGCUUUAAUAAUUUUUGUAACAUAUGUAAUUUGUAAAUUGACCGAUUCAUGUUAAUAAAAUCGUUUUU